CUAAACUCAAAACCAAAACAGAGCUCUGAUCAAAAUGAUCACAUCGCCAAUCAAACUAUUUAUUUUAUGCUGUCAACUCAGGUUUCCUGGAUCAGACGAGCCUUGCAUAAGUUAGCGAGAGCAGGAUCGCUAUGGGAAGGUGUCUCUUGGCUGGUCAUCUGCCAUACUUGCUGGUCAUGUUAACGGCAGUCGAGAUUGGGUCUGCAACAUCUAGAUGCUAUUGGGUAUCCUGCAGUAGUAGUGGUACAUGCCAGGAGAGUGCCGACAUUCAAUAUAGUGAAGGUAGUGCAUGCACAGAGCAGAAGAGAGUGCCCUUGCGACAUGCAACCCCCGCUCCUAGCAUGCUGAACGUGAGUAAUUACCGAACCAAUGCUAGAGAUUUCCACUGGUUGAAUACCUCUUGGAUCAGCCCCAACAGCACAAAGGUACAGGGUUUCAUGGUGGAAGUGUGGAUCAACAAUUCUCACGUAACCUGCACGAAAUCCAGUGUUGAUCGCACGGUAGCAUCAUUCCAAGAGAGUUAUCACUUUGACUGCAUGCUUAGCGAACAAAAGAACGUCACACUAAUUCAGGUGUGCAGCUUGCCGAAGGCUUCAUUCAGCUGCAGUAGAUCGAAACCAUACAUUCACAGGGAUGGAUUAAUCGACAACACACCGCCGAGGUAUUGGGUCACGCCGGUGACAGCUGAGGUCAUGUGGUCUGAACACAAGGUGAACGCGAGCUUCACACAGGCGUCCCACUACGUCAACGAUGCAUUCCCUGGCUACACUGUGACGUUAGUCGCGCAGCAGGGAGAACAACAACGAAUACGUAGACUGGUUGAUGCAAUUCCAAAUCAAGCUCAACUAUUUACAGUCUUUGAAGAGGUGGCGGAAGGAGAUUACACUGUAGAGGUGCUGCCUUGUAUCACUGCCUGUACGACUGAAUGCAAAUGUCGUAAUUUGGACAACGGGUGCGUCAGAUGCAGCACGAGUCGGUCGACUCUGUUCACAGUCACUUAUGCCUGCUCGGAGCAGUCGGCAUGGCAACCGAGCAUGCUCCUAGCCACUGUCCUGCCUGGCAAUGGCGUCGAGGUCAGCUUCUCUAACGCACCACUAGAAUUAGGAGUCGCAAAAUACGAAAUAUUACUGCAAAGCAACGAAUACUCCCAGAGUAAAACUGUGGAUGGCACAGGGCCGUAUUACAUCUUCACAGCAAUGCCAGAUGGUGUGUACAACAUAUCAGUAAAAAUCAUCGAUGAAUCUGACGAUCGGUGCCUGUGCAGGAAACCUUACACAGGCGUCUGUGGCAGGGAGUGUGCAUGUAGUGCUUAUGUGAGCCCAACACCCAUCAACGUAACCUCCAAUGCCUCGCCAACGACUGAACUCCUGAGUGUGGAGAAACUAGGAGCAGAAAGUGUCGCACAAUAUGUGAUACCUAUCAUUGUUGUCCUGAUAUUGAUGGCUGUUGUCAUCAUUAUUUGGAGGCUCAAUAGUAAACAUGCUUGCACAAGCAUGCAUCAGCUGCUUGGAUGUUUUCACACAACCUGUCACGAAGGAAAGCCUAAAACUGGAACAGUUCCUCUCAAGAAUGUUCAUGUGCUGCCCCCUGCAUGUGAUGAUGAGAACCUGCUCAGGUUGGUCAACAGGUUUUCUCAAGUACUUGUGAGUCACAUGAGAUGUGAGGUGAGCACGCUUGAGCUGUAUGCACGCGACACCGUCCUGAGGCUCGCUAGCAUGCAGCAGCAUGACUUUGUCAGUGAGGCCACCGCCGCGCUCGCGACCUCUGACGUCAUCGUCGUCGUGCCGAGCUGCGACGCCGCGCCACACACAGCGCUAUCUAGCGACGCCGCGCAGCACACAGCGCCAUCUAGCGACGUCGCGCAGCACACAGCGCCAUCUAGCGACGCCGCACAGCACACAGCGCCCUUGAGCGACGUCGCCCCCUGCCUGCGCGACAUGAAGGCGCAGGUGACAGGCGCCACCUUGCGGCGUGUCUAUGAGAGCAACGACCUCGUCCAUAAGGUCGUCUGCGUGCUGUUCCCUGAGCGCGUGGGUGGCUGCCACCAGGUGGCACCACCCGGGAUGCCGACGUUCAGUAUUGGCAGGGAGCUUGAUCAGCUGUUUGUGCACCUGCAUCCUGAGUUAGAUGGAAGGGUCAGCAAGCAUGCACGGCAGCGGCUCUGCCAGGCAGCGAACAUUAUAGAGGGAGCUAGCAUCAUUGAAAGUUCCAGUGUUGUAGGUGGCAGCAGUGGCGUAGAAGGAGUUGGUGUGUUUUCACGUAUGACACCUAGUAGCCUUGCACAAGAUCUAUAAUAUUCUAAUGCAUAUAUAGAGAUCAUAAAUCAUAUAUAAUAGAGAUUAUACUGUAAAUCCCUUUUUAGCUCGCCUUGACAUC